GGUAAUGGCGACGGGUUUGUCAGAUACAUUGGAGCAUCCUAACAUGGUGUGGGAAGUGAAGACAAAUCAAAUGCCGAAUGCAGUUCAGAAACUCCUUCUAGUAGUGGACAAGAGAACUUCAGGGAUGAAUGAGUCACUGGAGUUGCUGAAGUGUAAUGAAAACCUGCCCUCUUCUCCUGGAUAUGCAUCCUGUGAUGAACACAUGGAACUUGAUGAUCUUCCUGAACUACAGGCUGUGCAGACAGAUUCUACUCCACCUGCACUUUUUCAGCUUGGUGCUGAUGUUUCACAUCAGGAAUGUUCAAGGCCUUCAUGGAACCAACAUACCUCAAACAGCAAUUCAGAAAGUGCUUAUUCUUGUGAGAAUGGGGUGAACUGGUUGACAGAAUUAGCAAAUAUAGCCACAAGUCCUCAGAGUCCUUUGAUGCAAUGUUCUUUUUAUAACAGAUCAUCUCCUGUUCACAUAAUAGCUACAAGCAAAAGUUUACAUUCCUAUGCACGUCCUCCACCAGGAUCCUCGAAGAAUGAUCCUAACUUCUCCAAGAAUGAUUUGGAUGAAACACCAGUCAGACAUGAAAGGGCGAAUAGUGAAUCAGAAUCUGGCAUUUUCUGCAUGUCAUCACUGUCAGAUGAUGAUGAUUUAGGAUGGUGCCAUUCCUGGCCCUCAACUGUUUGGCAUUGUUUUCUAAAAGGCUCUCGUUUGUGCUUUCAUAAAGGACGUAAUAAAGAAUGGCAGGAUGUUGAAGAUUUUGCAAGAUCUGAAAGCUGUGGAAAAGAGGAAAAUCGCUCAGUGAGUCCUUACAAGGGCUAUGGUUCCGAUGGUUUGAAGUUGAUUUCUCACGAAGAAAGCAUUUCCUUUGGUGAGUCAGUGCUGAAGCUGACUUUUGAUCCUGGCACAGUGGAAGAUGGCUUGCUUACAGUAGAAUGCAGACUUGAUCAUCCUUUUUAUGUUAAAAACAAAGGUUGGUCAUCUUUUUAUCCAAGCUUGACUGUGGUACAGCAUGGCAUUCCAUGCUGUGAAAUGCAUCUUGGAGAUCUGUGUCUACCUCCUGGACACCCUGAUGCCAUUAACUUUGAUGAUUCAGGUGUUUUUGAUACAUUUAAAAGUUAUGAUUUUACACCAAUGGAUUCCUCUGCAGUUUAUGUGUUAAGCAGCAUGGCUCGCCAGCGUCGCGCUUCUCUAUCUUGUGGAGGAUCAAACAAUCAAGAUGCUGAGAGAUCAGAAUGCAGUAGUAAAAACUGUGCGUCUACUGCAUCAUCACAUCUUUCCUCCAAUUCUUUGUACAGCAAAGCUGGCAAAAGCCACAGCUCAGGGACUGCAAGUACUGUGAGUGCCACUUCUCCAAACAAGUGCAAAAGACCAAUGAAUGCCUUCAUGCUUUUUGCCAAAAAAUACAGAGUUGAAUAUACUCAGAUGUAUCCAGGGAAAGACAACAGAGCCAUAAGUGUGAUACUCGGUGACAGGUGGAAGAAAAUGAAAAAUGAGGAAAGACGGAUGUACACACUAGAAGCCAAGGCCUUGGCGGAAGAACAGAAACGUUUAAAUCCUGACUGUUGGAAACGAAAACGAACAAAUUCUGGCUCACAACAGCAUUAAGCCAGAAUUUUCCUGUUGACUCUGUAUUUACAAAACGGCUGUUGCUCGAUGGCAAGAAGAUGCAAGAUCAAGGUCUUACUAUUUGUUGUGACUUUGUGUGACCAUAAAAUACUGGCACCAUCACGUCAGAAAUGAUCUAAUAUGAGUGCAGAUUUGCUUUUUACAAUAGAACAUUAAGUAAGCUAAAACUAUCAACAUUUUAAACCAAAUUGCCUUAUUUUUCUUCCAAACUUCAUAUAUGUAUCAGGUAAUAUAGGCUUGAAAAUGGAUAUCCUGUGGUGCUAAAGUACUUUAGAAAGAGGCGAAGGAGAUGUGUAUAAAUGUUUAUUUUUAAAAGAAAAUGUACAAAAAGGGGAAUUUUAAAAUAUGUAACAGCUGUUUAUAUACGUUGAUUCUUAUUGCUGAUUAAUAUGUAUUGCACAACCAUAUUAUUAAUUAUGAUUCUGGGGCCUGGGAUUUUCUGAAAUGGCAAAAUGUAUUAUCAGCCUCUAGCUUCCCAGCCUGCCCCAAUACCAACAAGUUACCAGAACAUGUGGUAAACGGAGAGCGUAGUGUAAUGUAGCACAGGAGCUGCUUCUUGGGUUGCCACAUAUAGAAUUUGUAGCCACAAGUGAGAUAUUUUUGCACCAGCUGGCACUAGUGAGAGCUGUGGAAACAAUGGCCCAGGACAGGAUGAAAAGAAUAAAUAGGGUUAUCUCAAGAAAAAUGGUGCUGUUAAUAUCGUCACCAUCAUAGUUUUAACUCUGUGUUUUGUCUUUGCCACAUAUUCUACAAUAUUUUAUUUUGCCAUAAGACAUCUUUAUGGUGGGGGCAAACUUUGCAAAACUUUGCACUUAACUAUACGUGCAACACUUGCACUUUACUUUUUUUUUUCCUCCAACUGUCUAAAAUUAGAGCAGCUGCAUUAGGAUUACAAUUGCUUCUGCUGUGACUUUUUACAAUCAUGGCUUUUCAUGUACUAAACAGCUGUGUGUUUCUUUUUUUUUUUUUUAAGAAUCACAACUGUAAAUUUCAGUUUAUGACACAUGUCUACAUUAUGUUGCCCCUAAGAUUUUUGCACACUAUAUUCUUGUAUAUUAUUUCAAAUAAAUUCAUUAAAAUUC